AUAGAAGCUUGACGGUGAUUGAAUCACAGUACCUCAGAUUAUGGAGACAACACAAAAUGUCAGCGAAUAUUUGAGCGUUGUUUAAAAGUCUCCAACUUCCUCAAGCUUUAACCCCUUACGCAGAAUUAUGAAAGCGGAAGAUAUUUCCAAACGCAUGUUCAAAACGUGAGGAGGCGCGAUGGAUGCAAAGGGAAGAGAGCGGCACCGGACACGAAACGCUUGCAAAAGAACCGGUGCGCAAACGGAAAGCGCCAGUGUCCUGCGCUCGCUCGACAAUGAUACCAUGGGUGACGAUUUGGACCAUCAGAAACAACAUGGCAGCCUUGAACGGCGGCUCAUGGCACCGCGGUACAGCUUGCUCCGUGAAGUUGGAAGGGGCAGUUAUGGCGUUGUGUACGAAGCGGUCGCGCGUAAAUCAGGAGCGCGAGUGGCAGUGAAGAAACUGCGCUGUGACGCGCCUGAGAAUGUGGAGUUGGCGCUGGCCGAGUUCUGGGCUCUAACCAGUCUGGAUAAACGCCAUGAGAAUGUGGUGCAGCUGGAGGAGUGUGUGCUCCAGAGGAACGGUAUGGCUCAGAAAAUGAGCCAUGGCAAUAAGCGAUCAAGGCAGUAUUUGAGGUUGGUGGAGACCUCAUUGAAAGGUGAGCGUGUAUUGUCGUGUCCUGAUGAACCCUGCUACCUGUGGUUUGUCAUGGAGUUCUGCGAGGGAGGGGAUCUGAAUCAGUUCAUUCUGUCUCGCCGGCCCGAUCCCCGCACUAACGCCAGCUUCAUGAUGCAGCUGAGUAGUGCUGUGGCGUUCCUGCAUCAAAACAACAUUGUUCACAGAGACCUUAAACCAGAUAACAUCCUCAUCUCGGAGCGUUCUGGUGUGCCUGUGUUGAAAGUGGCAGAUUUCGGCUUGAGUAAGGUGUGUGCGGGUCUGGCUGCUGGGGUUCGGGACUCAGAGGAGGGAUGGGACAAAAACAAGAACAGCGUUAACAUCAACAAGUUCUGGCUCUCAUCUGCAUGUGGCUCUGACUUUUUUAUGGCACCAGAGGUGUGGGAAGGACAUUAUACGGCCAAAGCAGACAUUUUUGCUCUAGGCAUUAUCAUCUGGGCCAUGAUUGAGAGGAUCACCUUCAUUGACGCAGAGUCAAAGCGGGAGCUGCUCGGGACGUACGUGCGACAGGGUUCUGAUAUUGUCCCGGUUGGUGAGGCACUUCUGGAGAACCCAAAGAUGGUAUUGAGUAUUCCUCAGCGCAGGCGCUCACAUAUGUCGGAGGCGCUCCGGAAACUUUUGCAGGACAUGUUGGCCGUCAAUCCUCAGGACCGACCGGAUGCGUUGGAGCUGCACAACAGGAUGGGAAAUGUCACCUGCGCAGCCUGAACUCUGACCUCGUGUAAAUGGACACAAACACACACAGGCUUUCCCUUUCCACAACAGAACAGAAGGGACCGCAUUGCAUGGAAAACUGUGAACCUUCAUCGCUGAUAUAAUGUGAAGAGUACAAAGUACUUAACUUACACAUUUACAGAUACACAAAUAGAUUUUUCAACUGACCUUUUUUUUUUUUUUCCAGUUGUGUUUUAAACAAAUCAUUCACAAAAUGUACAUUAUCAGCAAGUUCACAAGUGUGCAGCCUAACUCAAUCAUCAGUUGCAUCACUAAGAGUGAAGUAAAAAUAAAACAAAAUGUUGUGAUACAGUGAGUACAAUCAAACUAAAGCAAGCUCUUUUUAAGUCUUACUGAGUGACUGGGACUUUAAAAUUCUCUUCAUGGAGCUUCCCUAGUUGCACGUCUUCUAAAACAAUCCUUUGGCAUAAAAUGGAUCUCAAAUUAUUUUCAGUUGCUUACUAAAAUUGGGGCGAAAAACUCUGAUUAUUUGCCAAAACAAACACUAUUUACAGUACAAAGACACCUAAGAUAAUUUUGAACCCAAGCAUAGGCAUACAUGCACACUUGUUUUCAUUGAGUGCUGGUGUCCAGUAGCAAAUAUACUCAUAGUUUUACACUUGGGUCCAACCAGUUAAUCUUAUUUGAGUCAGAAAAUUCAGAGAACAGCACACUUGAAUCUUCAGAUCUUCAGCCUCACUGUUACACCAUCAUAUCUUAAGUGAAAAGUAUGAGAAUAAAAGGCAACAUUUUAAACCCUGGUUUUAAUUUGCCAUAAAAAUGCUUAUGAUUUUGAAGUUGCCCAUGUCCAAUAUUGAGAUUUCCCAUUAAUGCAGUAUGGCCCUGAUGCCUUGAAGUGUAAAGAUUUCCUUUAGGUUUUGUUUUCUAUUUUACAGCUUUAUCUUUUUUAACAUGCAGUACAUUCUCCAAGCUUUCAAUAUUUGAACACUUUACAUACUAAGUGUGUGCAGUUUAAACCUUUUAGGUGCCAGUUUUACAUUGUGUUAGAGUGUUUCUUGCCCAAAAAGAUUGAUUAAUUGAUUCUGGUACCCUAUUUUAAGUCAGACUUUCUAGAGCCGCUGGCUUCUAUGAAUAAGCAGUGUAAACAUCCCUUCAACACAUACACACCCACACACACAAAUUUUGGGAGUUGGUAGAUUUUGCUUAAGUAUGUUUAAGGGAGCAGUUAAAGAGGAUGAGAGUGUUAUUUUUGUUUUACAUUUAUAAAUUUCUUAUUUGUACUAAUGCAUUUCCAAUAUAGAACAGUGGAUUUGUUUUGAUUGAUUUAUUGUAAAAUUACAUGCUUUUUGCUGGAUGCUCAAAAGAGUUUGUAUUGUUCCUCAAAAACACGAUGGGAGCUCCAUAGUGGUACCAUUGCUCUCUUACUUUCAGUCGUAUCUUGAAAUGAACUAAAUGAUUCAUAGAUUG